CUUUUCACUUUCCACGUUUCUAGUCAAACUGUCUAUUGGCCUUGUGAUAUCAUCGAUAUACAUUAAUUUAUCACUAAUAACCUCCCCUUCACUACAAAACCAAUCUACAGUCACUUACUGAAUAAAAAUGUCUGCCGACUUAGAAAACCAAAUUCCGCAAGAGCACAAGUUGGUUGUUGAAGACUCCAACACCCCAGUGGGUCUUUCUGGCAACGACGAGGGCCACAACAUCACCAAGGUUGUCACUGAGGGUGACUACAUCACCUUCGGUAACGAAAGAUACUUGAGAUCCGAGUUGGUCCAAGCCUUUGGUGGUUCUCUUAACCCCGGUUUGUCUCCUCCACCCAAGCAUGACUUUGCCAACCCAGCUCCUUUGGGUUUGUCUGGUUUCGCUUUGACCACCUUCGUGUUGUCGUUGAUCAACUGUGAAGCUAGAGGCGUCACCAUCCCCAACAUUGUCGUUGGUUUGGCCUUCUUUUACGGAGGUGCUGCCCAGCUUAUUGCUGGUAUGUUCGAGAUCGCUGUUGGAAACACCUUUGGUGGUGUCGCUUUGUCUUCGUAUGGUGGUUUCUGGGGUUCCUGGGCUGCUAUCCAGGUCGACAGCUUCGGUAUCGUAGAAGCUUAUGGUACUGACACCACCCAGUUGAGAUAUGCCGUUGGUAUCUUCUUGGUUGGUUGGUUUAUCUUCACCUUCUUUAUGAUGUUGAUGACCUUGAAAUCUACUGUCGCCUUCUUCUCCAUAUUCUUCUUCCUUUCGAUUACAUUCUUACUUUUGGCAAUUGCUGAAUUCAAAGACUCCACUUCUGUCAAGAAGGCUGCUGGUGUCUUUGGUGUCAUCACUGCCUUUGCUGCCUGGUACAACGCCUACGCCGGUAUUGCCAAUGAACAGAACUCGUACAUUGUCAUCAAGGCUAUCCCACUCCCAGACUUGCAAGACCGUAAGAGAAAGUAAGCUAUAAUGCUUGCAAAAGAAUCCCCCCCUCCAUAAACUAUCCUGAUAUUUGCGGUGGAUCCGUAUUUAUCGUGUAACGUUCCCUUUUUUUUAUUGAUGAUGUCCCCCCCCCUCCCCCUAAUGUUUUUUUUACAGUUCCCCCUAUAUUUAUUUAAUUAAAAUAGUAAUGAC